CUCUCUCUCUCUCUCUCUCUCUCUCUCGUGUUGUCUGGUCUGAAUCGUCAAAGAGAGAUCAGCGAUAGGAGAAAUAGGGUUUCUACGAGAUGGAUUUGAUGGAAAAGAAUUUGGAGUUAGUGGAGGUCCAGAAACUUGAAGGUCACUCCGAUCGGGUUUGGAACCUCGCUUGGAGCCCCGUCUCCGUUUCCGGCGACGGAGUGUCACCGGUUCUUGCUUCCUGCAGUGGCGACAAGACCGUACGAAUCUGGGAACAGAGCUCCAUGACUCGCUCAUGGACGUGCAAGGCAGUUUUGGAAGACACACACAAUAGGACUGUGAGGUCGUGUGCUUGGUCGCCCUCCGGGAAGCUAUUGGCGACCGCAAGUUUUGAUGGCACAACUGCCAUUUGGGAGAACUUUGGAUCCGAGUUCGAGUGUGUCUCCACUUUGGAGGGACAUGAAAAUGAAGUUAAAAGUGUAUCAUGGAAUGCAUCUGGUUCGCUGCUUGCAACGUGUAGCCGAGACAAGUCUAUUUGGAUUUGGGAAUUACUGCCAGGGAAUGAAUUCGAUUGUGUUGCGGUGUUAAAUGGGCACACACAAGAUGUUAAAAUGGUUCAGUGGCAUCCCACCAUGGAUAUUUUGUUUUCUUGCGGUUAUGAUAAUACAGUCAAGGUUUGGUGGUCUGAGGAUGAUGAUGGUGAUUAUCAGUGUGUUCAAACCUUAGGUGAACCUAACAAUGGCCAUUCUUCUACGGUAUGGGCGAUCUCCUUUAAUGCUGCAGGGGACAAGAUGGUCACUUGUAGUGAUGAUCUGACCUUGAAGAUAUGGGGGACAGAUAUAUCUAGGAUUCAGUCUGGUGAAGGCUAUGUACCUUGGACUCAUAUAUGCACACUCUCCGGCUAUCAUGAUCGGACCGUAUUUUCAGUUCAUUGGUCAAGGGAUGAUAUUAUUGCGAGUGGAGCUGGUGAUGACGCUAUACGGUUGUUUGCGGACAGUAAAGAUGACUCUGUUGAUGGACCUUCUUACAAUCUUUUGUUGAAAAAGGAGAAAGCACACAAAAUGGAUGUGAACUCGGUCCGUUGGGCUCCUGGGCAGGAAAAUCGGCUGCUUGCUUCUGCCAGCGACGACGGGACUGUGAAGAUUUGGCAGCUCACAUCAAAACAUUGAAUGGCUCAGCGGAAGAUUGCCCGACAUGAUCUUGUGAUUUGCCAUUUUGGGGUUUCUUCUUUCUUCUUGUCUCUUUGGUGUCUGCAUAAUGUUGUUGAUGGAUAAUGUUAAAGACAGAAACAGAGUUAGAAUAGUUUCUUGUUCAUACAGUUUCAUUUCGUUUUUGUUUUUUUUUUUUUAAUAUAAGGAGUGAAAAAACUGAAUACAAUGUAUCAUAUACUAAAAGCUUAUCAUGGUUUAUAUCAUGCUCCUUUGUGCUUUUA